CCCUCUUGUGAGAGGACAGGGAGGCUUCUGGGAAAAGAUGGCAGCUUCCUUUUGUUUGUGGGGAUUUGAGAUUUAAAGACGAUCCUCGGUGGAAACACGGCUCUCUUUCGUACAGUCGGAGUUUAAGCUAUCAGUUAUCUAAACACUUGAACCAGGAAAACAUGGAGAAGAGCGGGAGCAUCGACAGUUUGGGCACGAAGCCCUCCUCUUCCCGACAGCCAAGUGUUGAUUCAUUGUCCAGCACCUCCACGUCUCGCUCUGACCGGUCAACCCAGGCCAAACCACCAUCUGCUUUGUCUUCUGACUCAGUGUCAACAUCAGCAGAGUUUUCUCCAGAGCUCAGGGUCAAGCCUAAAGGUCCUGCGAAGAAAGUGCUCAGAGAUUCAGACAAAGAAGAACCACAGUUGCUGCCGAAUGAAACUAUACAAGAUAUGGCACAAGACAUCACCUAUUUCUGUCCUUUUACUGGGGCACUGAGGGGAACAGUGAUGGUUACAAAUUACAGACUGUUCUUUAAAUCAGUGGACAGGGAGCAGGCGUUUGUGCUGGAUUUGCCUCUUGGGGUGGUGAGUCGUGUGGAAAAGAUUGGCAGCGCUUCAAGCCGUGGUGACGUGUCCUAUGGGGUGGUUUGCAAGGAUAUGCGUAAUCUGCGAUUUGCACACAAACAGCCGGAGGAUACACUCAGGAAGUCAGUUUUCGAAGUCCUGAUGAAAUUUGCGUUUCCUGUUUCCAACGGGCUGAAAAUCUUUGCCUUUGAAUAUGGGCAAGUCUUUCCUGAAAAUGGUUGGAAAGUGUAUGAUGCUGUCUCAGAGUACAAAAGACAGGGUAUCCCUAAUGAAAGCUGGAGGAUAACUAAAGUUAACGAUCACUAUGAGUUGUGUGACACCUACCCAUCAACUCUGGCGGUACCUGUCAACAUACCAGAUGAAGAGCUGAAGAGAGUGGCUGCCUUCCGAGCAAAAGGGAGAAUACCUGUGUUGUCUUGGAUCCAUCCAGAGAGUCAGGCUACAGUGACACGCUGCAGUCAACCAAUGGUUGGAGUGAAUGGGAAGCGCAGCAAAGAGGACGAAAAAUACCUCCAGGCAGUCAUGGACGCAAAUGCUCAGUCUCAUAAACUUUUCAUUUUUGAUGCCAGACCCAGUGUCAAUGCUGCUGCCAAUAAGAUGAAAGGGGGUGGAUAUGAAAGCGAGGAUGCAUAUCAAAACGCUGAGCUUGUGUUCUUGGAUAUUCACAAUAUCCAUGUGAUGAGGGAGUCACUCCGCAAGCUGAAGGAUGUAGUCUACCCCAAUAUCGAGGAUUCACACUGGCUUUCCAACUUGGAGUCCACUCACUGGCUUGAGCACAUCAAGCUGAUCCUGGCAGGAGCUCUGAGAAUUGCAGACAAAGUGGAGUCAGGGAAAACGUCGGUGGUGGUGCAUUGUAGCGACGGUUGGGACCGAACAGCUCAGCUCACCUCCUUGUCCAUGCUGAUGCUGGACGGUUACUAUCGCACUGUUCGUGGCUUUGAAGUGCUGCUUGAGAAAGAGUGGCUGAGUUUUGGUCAUCGAUUCCAGCUGCGCAUUGGUCACGGUGAUAAAAACCACACAGAUGCAGAUCGUUCACCAGUUUUUAUUCAGUUCAUUGACUGUGUCUGGCAGUUGACUCGCCAGUUUCCUGCAGCUUUUGAGUUCAAUGAAUAUUUCCUGGUAACCAUCCUGGAUCACUUGUACAGCUGCCUGUUUGGGACAUUUCUAUGCAACAGUGAACAGCAGAGGCUGAAAGAAGAGAUUCCCAAGAGGACAGUCUCACUUUGGUCCUAUAUUAACAGCCAGCUAGAGGAGUUUACCAAUCCUUUGUAUGUGAACUAUUCCAACCACGUGCUGUUCCCAGUAGUCAGCCUACGCCAUCUGGAGCUUUGGGUUGGCUACUACAUCCGCUGGAACCCUCGCAUGAGACCUCAGGAACCUAUUCACCAGCGUUACAAGGAGCUGUUAGCAAAGCGGGCUGAGCUUCAGAAAAGAGUAGAUGAGCUGCAGCGGGAAGCAACGAAUCGCUCAGCAUCUUCUUCCUCUGAGCGGGCAGGCUCCCCCACACGCUCCAUCACUCCAGUGCAGACCUUUAUUUGACUCUGCUUGAUGUUAGUGGCCAUUGCAUAAGUGGAACUCUACCUGUGAGUGGGUGCUGUACUGUAGUAAUGAUUAGAGUCACACUUGAAGCCAUGAAGGGCCUGUGUGCCAAACUGCCUCUUUCUGUAACAUACAUUGAUACACUACCACCAAGAGUGAAUAUUCAGAGUAUUGUAUCAGCAUUUCUCACAAUCAUAUAAGCCUGGUUGCGACACAAGUGUCUGUCUCUGGACAACAGCCAUAUUAAACUCUUCCUAUGUGGGAAGAAGACAUGUAACCAGAAUAGUGAAGACUUCGUAACCUAUUGACCUACCUACAAUCAGUGUUUUGUUUUUUUGUUUUUUUUUUCUAAUUAUAGUAAUUAUUAAUCGAGUUAAAUGUUUAUGCCUUAUAUGCUUCAUAGGAACACACACUUCUUGGUAUUCAUCUGAAAUCACUACAGGUGAAAAAUUGUAAAUAUGAAAACUGCUGCAGAAGUUCAAACUAGAUCUAAACUAAAUGGUUUGGAAGUUGUUGAAUAUUAAUUUUAAAUCUGUAGCUAAAGGGCUGUACUAGCUUCUCAUUCUGAUAUUGAAAAAUAGUUGUAGUGAGGAUUAGGACAAGUCAAUCCUUUUUAGACUGUUGUGACCAAAUAUCUGCUUUAUUUUAUGACUACAUAACACGUCAUGUAUAACAUUCCUCUCACCAAGUGAUUAAAGUUUUGUAAGUUUAGAUUUUCGAAGUAACUAACAUAUAUUUAUUAUCUUUUACUCCAGAUUUGUAUUUAUAACACUCAUUGUUUCUAAUUUCAUGAUUGAAUGACAGAUGUUUCCAUGCAAUAUUAAUAAGCUGCAAAAAGUAUGCAAAACACCAUUUGCCACAAUAGUAGUUUAUUGUGUUUUUAUUUGAACAUUUCUUGUAGAUGCCUUCUGCAGAUAGCAUUUGAUUUAAAUCAGAAAAAUGUAACAAAACUAUUUUCCUUUUUGAUUUAAUACAACUUAAAUAAUUAUGUGCCUUUUCUGACUAACUUGGAGAACAACAAAGGAGUAGCGUACACUGCACAAUUUGUAAUGUUAAAUGAUAAAUACAUUGUUGGCAUCUAGGCUUUUCCACUGUGGAUGUGUUAACGUGCAUGAAGCAUCCAACUUACUGCACCUAAAGGAUACAGGAUGGCUUCAGCUUUCAUGCACAAAACUCCCUCCUCACAUUUAACUAUUUGUGUUUAAAGUGUAAGCUGACCACCCCAUGGCACUAGCAUUAAUUAUCUCCGGUUAUGUGUAGGAUGUUGCUGUGAAAUGCGAGAAUGCCUUUCAUGCUAAAUUAAGAAAGAUGAAGUCUGGAAAUAACAGUAUUUGUGGGACAAUUUGAUACUAGACUGCUAACAUUUUCUUUCCAUCUCCUUUUUACACUGUAGCCUUUAUGCUAUAGUGCUGUAGCCAUAGCAGACUCAUUCUUCCUAUAGCUUUUGUAUUCUGUUAUACAUGUACAUCUGUAUUGACACUAAUAACGAAUUGCUCUCCCUUUAACAUGUAUGCUAUUAAAAACACACAUGUCCACACUGUUGAAGUGAGGCUGUAUGUGCUCCAAUACUAAGACUUGAAUUAGCAAAUUGAUGUAAAACGCACAAUGUCAAACUGUGCUGUUAAAUGUCAGACUGCUUUAAACCUUUAAAUAAAAGUGAUGACACUA